AUGCAGGCUUUGAUACGGGCGGCGCGUGGUCGCGGGCAUGCUGGCGCUUGUGCCGCUGCGCAACGCAUCACUAGUCUUUGUAUCGCUCGCCGAAGCCGAUCAACUCUCUCAAGGAUAUGGGUGCCAACUGGAGGAAUUGCCGAAACGGGAGGCGAAUCCGGGCACGACAAGCUCAUUCGCGCCGGAUUUCUACGACAGUCUCAAGCAGGAAUAUUUCAUCUUCUCCCGUUGGGCCUUCGCGUGCAAAAAAAGAUUGAGAAACUUAUUGAUAGGCACAUGGAGUCCGUUGGAGCAUCACGGCUCUCUUUGUCUACCAUUACCUCUGAAGAACUAUGGAAAAAGAGCGAUCGUUUGAAUAGUGUUGCUCCAGAGCUCUUUCGCCUCAAAGACCGCAAAGAAGUUUCGCUCAUGCUUUCUCCAACACAUGAGGAGGAGAUCACAACCUUGGUCGCAAACACGGUACAAUCGUACAAAGACUUACCUUUGCGACUGUAUCAAAUUACCAGAAAAUAUCGUGAUGAGAUGAGGCCGAGGCAAGGAUUGCUGCGUUCUCGCGAAUUCGUCAUGAAAGAUCUGUAUACCUUUGAUGUCUCUCAAGAAACUGCCAUUGAAACAUAUGAGCAGGUUCAAGCAGCCUACAAGGCCAUUUUUGAUGAGAUGAAAGUUCCAAUCCUCGUUGCCGAAGCUAGCUCAGGUGAUAUGGGUGGAAAUCACAGCCACGAAUACCAUCUCGCUGAUGCAACUGGGGAAGAUACCGUUGCACAUUGCAACAGCUGCGGAUAUGCAGCAAAUGACGAAGUCGCAAAGUCCCGGUCUAAAUCGCAAGAUGCUCUCGACACGACUGCGCCAUCAAGCUACGGGUUGUGGAGAGGAAUUACCAAAGACCGGAAUACCCUGAUCAAUGCUUGGUAUCCCCAAAGCGAUGGCAGUAGUCUCAAUCUCCAUGCUAUCAAAGAUGUGGUUCCGGAACUGGACACAAGCGUACACGACCCUUUGCCGCUUUGGGAUGUCGCAGUUGACAGCCCUGACACUGCGCUGGUGAAUAUUGUCGACGGCCGGCUUGCAACCAGCUUUGGCAAAAUGCAUCCCGAGUUGCCUCUUCUCCCUGAAGAGCUGCGAGAUGAUUUCGUUGGUCCUCAAUUCUCCACAAGCACUGCUGCAAGUGGUGAAGCAUUGGAUUUGCUGGCCCUGGCUGAAGGGGAUGGCUGUCCCCGAUGCGAAUCCGGAAUCCUCAAAAUUCACCGAGCACUAGAGCUUGGACAUACUUUCUAUCUGGGCACCCGCUACUCCAAACCCCUCGAUGCCCUCGUGUCGCUACCUGACAAGCCCUCACAGCCGGUUCCCAUCCAAAUGGGCUGCUUUGGCAUUGGCGUGUCACGGAUUUUCGGCGCUGUUGCUGAAAACAGAGCAGACAGCAGGGGCCUCACUUGGCCCAGAUCCAUUGCUCCAUACGAAGUUGCUGUUAUUCCUUCUUCCGCCGCCAACGACGAGACGCUCGCCUUCUUCGACUCGCUCACGAGUGGCGGGUCGCUUGAUGCAGUGCUUGAUGACCGAAAGAAAGCUUUUGGGUGGAAGAUGAAGGACGCCGAUAUGACUGGCUACCCAGUCGUCGUUAUUCUUGGUAAAGCUUGGAGGGAGCGCGGUGUCUGCGAGGUUCAAUGCAGAAGCCUCGAGCUGAAGCAAGAAGUCGCUGCAUCAGAGCUUCCCCAGUUUUUAGAGCAGCUUCUGCGGAAGCUUCAAUAUGUCGUCAGGCGAGGGGCAAACAGCGGCUCUAACAAACUAUGUGCGACAGUCAACCUCGACACCCUCGAGCCGCAACAGCUCGCCCAAGUCAAGAAACAGCUUGACGAGGAGCUCGAGCACCUGACCUCGUCGUUCUCGCAACUCCACGGCGCGCAGGGCAAGUUCAGAGAAUGCUUGCGAUGCGUGAAUAGUCGAUCUGAAUCAUCGAAGAAUUCGAACGAAGUCCUGGUUCCACUUACCAACUCCCUAUACGUCCGAGGCGAAUUAACGAAUACCGAGACGGUUCUCGUGGACAUUGGCACCGGCUUCCUUGUGGAAAAGAAAUUAAAAUCGGCGGCGAACUUUUACGAAAACAAGAUCAAGGAGCUGACAAACAGUCUGAAGGAGCUUGAGGCCAUUGUUCAGCAGAAGCAGAUGAACGUGCGGACAAUUGAAGAAGUACUGCGACAUAAAAUGAUGGCACAACAACCCAGUCAAUCUCAAUAA